UCUCCUGCGCGGCGCACAGCCCGGGGACCCCGAGGGCCGCGAGGACCAAGACCCUGGCGCGGGGCCCGCUGGAGCCUCAGGGCUGCGCCCUGGGAAGGCCCGCGCCCACCCCGCAUCCCCGCCGGCUGCUCUGAGACGUGCCCGCACAGUCCACCGCGAUGGCUCGCCUUAGGGGGACCUCGGAGCCUGCUCCCAGAGCGAAAAGAAGCCCUGACCAGUCCGGCCGCCCGGAGCCCCCGCUGGCGAUGUGACUCGCUCCGCGGGCAGGGCGCGCAGACCCCGAGUCGGGGCGAUUCGGGGCACGCUCCGGGUCCGGCUCCGCGCGGCACCAUGAACGACGACUUCUGCCGGGCGCUGGCGGCCCGCCGGCCCGCGGCGCCCCCCCGCUGCCUGCCGCUGGGCAUCGGGCCCCCUCCCCGGCCGGCGACCCCGGCCCGCGCCGAGCCUCUGGGCGCCGUGCCCUUCGUGCUGUACCCGGGCGCCGCCCGGCCGCCCUACUGCGACGCCUACGCGGCCGCGUUCCCCGGCGCGCCCUUCCCGGGCGACUACCCCUUCGAGCCCGCCUUCAUCCAGAAGCGCAACGAGCGCGAGCGCCAGCGCGUCCGCUGCGUCAACGAGGGCUACGCGCGCCUCCGCGGCCACCUGCCGGGCGCCCUGGCCGAGAAGCGGCUCAGCAAGGUGGAGACCCUGCGCGCCGCCAUCCGCUAUAUCAAGCACCUGCAGGAACUGCUAAGCGCCGCCCCCGACGGCCCCGGGCCCCGCGAGCCCCGGGGGCCCCCCUCCCUGGCGCCCGACUCGUCCGAGCCCUCCUGCUGCUCUUCCUCGCCCCUCUUCGAGUCGGAGGACUGCGGCCACUGAGCGGGCCGGGGCCGCCCGGGCUCGGGGUGCUCAGGCGUCCGCGGCACCCUCCCUCCGCCAGCGCCAGCCCGGCCCCGUCCCUUCCAGCGGGGGGACGGGGACCGGGGCGGGGUGGGGGGGACGAGGGGCACGAGAGAGGCCAGAGCGGCAGUCGGGGGGCGGCGAGGGCGCGCGCCCCGUCCAUGCCGGCCACCCCGGGGUCGGGAUCCGGCUCGGCCUCAGCCCCGCGCCGGGGAAGGUCGGAGGUACCCCGGUCGUGGUGGUCCUGCUCCGUCCUCCGUGGCCACGGGCGCAGCCCAGGAGGCGAGUCUGCUCUGGUCCGCACGCCACACCCCUGCUCUCCACGAGAUGGCCUCAGACACCAGCGUCCGCUUCGGGGGCUUGCUUGUCUCCUCCCCCCCCACCCCCCGCCCCCAAGAGGAGCCCAGAGGGAGAGACGCAGGCCAGAUUCAGCCUGCACUCAGCCCAGGAGGCGGCGGAGUGUGUGCGCUGGUGGCGCCCUCUGGCUUCCUUAAUGGAGGGCCUUACCCCCCCCA